AUGGAAAAGGGACUUUCUGCUGCUUUCGGAAACAAGUUUGGCCGAUUGGAUGAACUGGGAAAACAAGAACUCGAAGUUGGAGAGGUGCUCCAAAGUAUUGAUAGAGAAUGGAAUCUGUUUCAUAUAGUGACGGAAAAGCAUUUCGAUCAACAAGCGACCUACCAUGAUGCUUGGGAGCCCCUUGAACAGCUUAGAGAUAUGAUGUUAUCGCAGGAUCUUAUGUAA